GGUUUCAAAUGGAACACGGGAUUACACCCGUGCUUUCUCCCUCGCGCAUCUUAAACCCUAAACCUAAUGUAUCAUUCUCCAGCCGCCAUUUCUCCUCCUCUCACUAUUCCGAUCCGACAAGGAUGCCGCCUGCUGCCCACCGACGAGCGCCACCGCACCUUGCUGCCGGAGAUACGCUGUGCAACCGAAGAACCGUCAAUGACGUCGAGAACCGCCGGAAUAUCGCUGGCGACCGUUGGAGGCUGCGUUGUCGUCGUGUGAGGGUCGGGAUUCGCCGGAACCGCAUGCUUGAUGAUCUGUCAGCCAGCAGCCCGGGAUUUAUUCGCGGGACUUCAGUAGUGCGAGUACAUUCUGGACUUCGGUCCGAUGCAGUGGGCGGGGCCCAAGUUAUUCUGAACUUCGAUCCGAUGCCGGGCGGGGCCCGAUGCAGUGGGCGGGGCCCAAGUUAUUCCGGACUUCGGUCCGAUGCCGGGCGGGGCCCGAUGCAGUGGGCGGGGCCCAAGUUACUCCGGACUUCGGUCCGAUGCCGGGUGGGGCCCGAUGCAGUGGGCAAGGCCCAGUAUGUGCUAUUGUAUGGUACUCAGUUUUCAAGAGAGGAGCUCGAGAAGAUUGCAGUGCUCACACCAUUUGUUCAGCCUAGGAUGUUUAUACUCUGAUAUACUUGACAGUUGUUAUAAUAUUUUGAGAUACAUUGUUUAUGAUUUUUAUGCGAUAUAUGAUGAC